AUGGAAUUUUUUUUGGCAAAUAGUUUGUUUAGUCGUCGAAAGUAUGAAAAGUGUGCAACAAUAUGCACAGAUUUGCUAAGAAAAAACCCUUUGGAUCAGACGGCAUGGCUAUUACAAAUGCGAGCUUUAACACAUCAAGUUUACGUCGAUGACAUCGAGAGCGAGGAAGAGGGUAUUGCCGAAUAUUUGUUAGAUAAUUACACAAUAGCUUCGAUGCCCAGACCAGGAACUUCUUUGAAAAAUCCUGGUGUUACCCUUUCGGGACAAGCUUUUCGCCCUAAAACUCAAUCAGGAAGACCGGUUUCCGGGGUGAUUAGACCGGCGACCCAAUCAGCGGUUUCUCAAAACAUAGAACAAGCUUUGAAAACUCCUCGAACUGCUACAGCGAGACCCAUCACGGCAACAUCUGGACGUAAUAUCAGAUUAGGCACGGUAUCCAUUUUAUCAGAAUCGGAUGGAUCAUUAAUUCAACUCUCCAGAUUGAACAUUUCGAAGUAUGCAAGUCAACCAGGAAUUGCAAAAUCAUUAUUCGAAUAUAUUUAUUACCACGAAAACGAUCCAAGAUACGUAAGUAAAAAUUCCUAAAUAAUGGUUGCCUGUGAAAAAAGUGUAAUAGAUCGAACAUUUUUGUUUCGCAAUAUAUUCUGGAAGCCCAA